CGAAACAUCAACCAAAUAUCGACCAGAUAUUGCGACUACCGCCGCUACCUCUGGAAGAUGCGCCCUGAUUUCCUUUCAUCCGCACCAUGACCUCCUACGAUGACUGGGGCUAUCCUAAGUCGUCACGCACAAACUACCACGAGGGCCCCGGCCUGAAACAGCAUGCGAUCCUGGCAGCGAAACGUCUCCUUGAAAAAGCUGGGGUAUAUACGCCAAAUGCUCCGUCGGGAAAAUCCUGGAACGUUCGGCACAUCUUCUCCGUACCUAAUCUGUUGACGGUCUUCUGGCUCUUCUACUUGUAUUGGGGAGAGCGCUCCAGCUUCCGGGACAGCAUAGAGGCCUGCGAGUGGAGCAAUUGGGAAAGCUGGCCUCAAGAUGCCACGCCGCAUCGCCUCGCCUUCGUCGCCGACCCUCAACUCGUUGAUCCACACACCUACCCCGGCCGUCCAUGGCCCCUCUCUACCCUCACCGUCGCCUAUACCGACCAGUAUCUUCGCCGCACCUUUUCGUUACUCGAUACCGAACUGUACCCAGACACCGUGAUAUUCCUCGGAGACCUCUUCGAUGGCGGCCGCGAAUGGACCUCAGAUAAAGAUGUCAGCGAAGAAAGGUGGAAGGGUUACGGAGACAAAUUCUGGCUCCGGGAAUACGACCGCUUUGGACGGAUCUUCUUUGGACACUGGGGCGAGGGAGGAAUGCAACCUCGGGUAGGGCAAAAAGGCCGCAAGAUACUUGCAGGACUCCCUGGAAACCACGACCUCGGCUUUGCGGCUGGUGUCCGAACACCUAUCCGUAAAAGGUUCAAUGCCUACUUCGGUGAUGGCAACCGCGUCGACGUCAUCGCAAACCAUACUUUCAUCUCAGUGGACACUGUUUCUCUGAGUGCGUUAGGGCAUGCCACUGGUGAGGAGGUCACCUGGCGCCCUACACAGGACUUUCUGGACAACGUACAGGCAGAGAAGAAGCGAGCAGUGGCACGAGAACUUAGGGUCCAAAAGGGGCUGUCUCCGGCACCAAAGUACAGCCAUAAAGUCGUGGGCACGGACGGCCUUGCUAAAGCUACCUUGCCAGCUCCCGAGGCCGAUGGCGCUGAGUUUCCUACAAUCCUUCUCACGCAUGUUCCAUUGUACAGGUCUGAGGGAACACCAUGCGGCCCACUACGAGAACAUUGGCCGCCAGCGACUCCGCCGAAAGGCCAGUCUGAACCCGUUAACCCCGACGAGCGCAACGCCAUUGCAGUGCGCGGAGGGUACCAAUACCAGAACGUUCUGACUCGCGAGAUUUCGAAGGACAUUACCGAGAAGAUUGGCAAUGUCAGAUACGCUUUCUCUGGUGACGACCACGACUACUGUGAGGUCAUGCACAUGGGCUACCCCUCUGCCGGUGGUGGUAUCCGUGAGAUUACUGUCAAGUCCGUGUCGUGGGCUAUGGGCAUCCGAAAGCCCGGCUUUGUCAUGCUCAGCAUGUGGAAUCCAGUAGACGAACAUGGCAGCACCAUUUCUUCGAAGGCAGGCACCGCUGAGCCGACUAUUCAAACUCACUUAUGUCUGAUGCCAGAUCAACUGGGUAUUUUUAUCAGAUAUGGGGCCCUGUUCGGCCUCAGCCUCAUGGUUCUCAUCAUCCGUGCGGGUGUUUUAGCAGGAAGGGCAAGAUCUUCCACGCAAAGCGGCAGCGACACCAUCCUCCCUCUCAGCCGCAAUAGAAGCAUGUCUUCCGCUGAACAUGAGAAAGCAACAGCGCAUCACCACACUUCCCGCAGCGACUCUUCAGACGGAGCAUCAUCCAAUUCUUCCACUACCGCCGACCAUAAGGGCAGCCUCUCAGUGCGUUCAUCCAAACCACGCACUCGCAACCCCAGUCCGUCUGGCGGCUACGGUCUUCCAUCGGCGGGUUCUGGGGUGCCGUUGAUAAACUAUGCGGGAUAUUUUGGGCCACCGCCCGAAACGCGGGAAAAGAAGGUGCAAUUCGUGGCUCCGAUCAAGCCCAAGAAGAGCCCCGGGUUAUUUUUGCCGGAACUGAGGGACAGUCUGUUAAGAGUAGCAGCAGUCGUUCUUGUAGUUUACUUUUGGUUGACUUGGAGGUGGUAAGCAUCUUCACCUCUUGCCGUACACGUACAAGUUUAGUUAUUUCAGUAAAAUUCGGCCAAUAGAAGUACAAGGAGCGUUUGGGUAGGAAAAAUCUUAAAGAAUACCCGUAACGUCACCAGAACUAUAGGUUUUAGUAACAAAUUAAUCGUUUUCCU